AUGAGGAAGCCUUUACCUAACUACAAUGACACUGAUUCCAUAUAUGCACCGCGUGAAAGACAGUCCCUCAUAAACAAUCACAAGCUUGAAGAAUUGAACACACAUCAACCUGCCAGUGAAGAGGGUUUGAGUACAGGGGGUUACAGCUGGGAAAAUGAAGAUGUGUCGUCUGAACAGCUUGAGGUUCCUGAAGAAGAUACUUUUUCCAUUACAAGUUCUGUUUAUGAUUUGGACUCUACUGUGUUAAACGCUUCAACUACACCUCCUGUUCCUCCAGUACAUCGCAUUGGGGUUGAUCAGGACCGCCCGUCUAAUUUAUAUUCCCGUCCUAAUGAAACAUUUAUUGAUCGUAGCGAUUCAGAAACCUUAAGUGCUGGAUCGUAUGCGGAUAAAAAGGAAAAUUUCAUAGAUGAGCAUGAAUACGACUAUGCUAUGUCAGAAGAUAACUUCAGUGGACUUGAUUCAACGUCUAAUAUAAAUAACUCGUUUUAUCACGAAACGCAAGAAGUCCCCAUAAUGCACGAUAGCUUAGUUGUCGAAUGUCCCUGUCCUACUGACCUGAAACAUAUGCUUGGUUCUAUAGUUCAUACAAAUUCUGAAGAAUCAAGUUCUGUUCGGUAUACUGCGGUGACUUGUAAUCCCGAGGAUAUGUUGGCAAAUGAGCUAAAAGUGAGAACAAAUCUGUUUGACCGAGACAUCCAGGCUGCAAUUUGUAUGACUGUAGGACAGGAAGAUCUUGCAUCUUUUGCAUUAACACUAUCCAGUGUUAUGGAAAAUGUGAAGCAUUUAACUAAGCGCAACAAAUCAAGAGUUUGGGGUAAUGAAAGCUGGAAAAAAGUUUUGACGUGUAUUGUGCUUGAUGGCCGGAAUGCGGUCCACAGAAGCAUUUUGGAUUUAUUAUCCUCUAUUGGCGCAUACCAGCCGUGUAUUUCCAAAGGUAGAAUUAAUGGCAAGAAGGUUCUAGCUCAUAUGUAUGAAUUUACCAGUACUAUUUCUAUGGACGAAAAACUGAAUAUUACUACCAGAAAUAAUGGGAAUACACCUAUGCAAUUGCUUGUCUGCUUGAAGGAAUUUGAGAGUGGGACUCACGACUCUCAAAGGUGGUUUUUACAAGGUAUCUCUUCACUUGUUCGACCAAAUAUUUGCUUAUUCGCAAAAGUUGGCUCAAAACUAGAAACAACGUCUGUAUACCAUGCUUGGAAGAGUUUCGAUGUUAAUUCUAAGCUUGGAGGAAUAUGCGGCAAAACAAUAAUUAAAACCGGGAAAUGGGGACAGAAGCUUCUUUCUCCUGUGAUCGCUUCUCAACAUUUUGAUCAAAUGAUCUAUAAUGAUCUUAGGCUGCCAUACGAUAGUUGUUUGGGCUACAUUUCCAAUACGUCUAAUGCUUUCUAUGGUUUCCGCUAUAUUGCUUUGCUAGAUGAUUUUCCUGAUCCCGGUCCAUUGACCCAAUACUUCUCCCGAAAGAACACAGAAGGAAAAAAGCAAGGAAUCUUAGAAGCUAAUGCACACGUUGCCCAAGAACAACUGUUGUUUUGGAAAGUUGUCACUAAAAAGCAAUCGAGAUGGUACCUGAAUUACGUUCCUGAAGCCCAAGCCGAAGUGAAAGCCCCUGGGUCUAUGGCGAAAGUUUUGGAAGCUAAGAGAAGUGAUAUUAAUAGUGGCUUCAGCCUUGCUAUUUAUGUUCUUUCGGACUUUUUUUCUCUGUGGAAGACAAGACAUAGUUUUCUUCGGUUCCUUAUGAUGGCUAUGCAGGUUUUCAUUUUUGGUUUAGAGAGGUUAUUUGGAUUUUUCAAUUUGGCAAACUUCUUUUUAUCUUUUCACUUCAUAUGCAAUAGUACUUCAUUCAAGUACUUUAACCCCUAUGGACAAUGGGGUAAGACCUUGUUUCUAAUUUUUGAGUAUAUAUUUCUGUGUACUAUAUUCUCACAAUUUGUUUUGGCAAUGGGAAACCGUUCCAGAGGCUCUAAAAAGCUCUCCCUACUUAGCCUGCUGAUAUUUAUCUCAGUCAUGAUUUAUUACUUAUUUUGCAUAUUUUACGUUUCUCUAAUUCCCAUCUUCAUACAUUCAUCUCAUGGAUAUAAUAUUAUCGGCGACAAUUAUUUUACAAACGUGAUGUUGCCUUGCUUAAUUGUUCUAGCAUGUUACAUUUUCGUUUCAAUCAUUUCGAUAGACCCACUCUUUCUCGUUACAUGUUUAUGGCAAUAUGUUCUAUUGUUGCCGACUCGCAUCUACAUGGAGCAAGUCUAUGCAUUAUGCCAUCUGCAUGAUGCUUCGAUUCUUAAUGACACAGAUGUCAAGACGAGCAAUGAUUUAACUGAAACAUAUCGGAACGAAAAGAAAAAUAAGUUUGCUAUGAUUGCCAUACCAAAAACUGAUAUGUUAAAUUCUAUCUAUAACUCAACCUUACGAAGCUUAAGUGACGACGACGAUCGUAAGAGUGGUGCGUCUCUAAACAGAAUGAAUGCUAAUUCCAUUUUAUGUACCACUCAAGACUAUUAUCAGGAUAUGCGAACACGCUAUGUCCUCGUUUGGGCUUUGAGCAAUCUUAUCCUCGCAAUUAUCUUGCUUCAAGUCUUCCAAGGUGAAGAUUCCAUAAAUAAUGGCUACUUAAAAUUUGUAUUUUGGGCUUUUAUGAUUUUUGUUUGUCUUAAAACAAUUGGUUCUUCAUGCUUCUUUGCAAUUGUAAACAUUGCUUCAAUUGGAUCAUAUAUUCAACGGAAGAUUUGA